CGGAGUGGGCGGGCGUGCGGAGAUUCCCGGAAGCGCAAGAGGCCCCGGCGCGUAGUGGACCCGGAUCCAAGGAACAGCGAUGUGGCUGGAGGUGGGGGGCUUACUGCGGGGGACUUGUGGACAACUGGGCCGGACUGUUGGUCUGCCUUGUGGGGCCCUGGGGCCUGGGCCCCACUGGUGGGGGCCAUGUGGGGGUUCUUGGACCCAAAUGUUCCAUAAGGGUGGGCCUAGCAGAGGCCUGGGUGAGGAGGACAUUCGCAGGGCACGGGAGACUCGGAUCAGGAAGACACCCCGGCCCCAGGACUGGCUGUCGGCCUGGGAUUGGGAGUGCUGGCUGAGGUGGCCAAGAAGUCCCUGCCAGGAGGACAUCUACCAUCAGACCAACGGAAUCGGACAACGUAUUCUCACAUGUGUCUGGCCGCUUUGGCUCAACGUUCUGUUGGAGGGAUGCCUCUGUGUCACUAGAGCGGCACCCGGCCAGGCUCCAGUCACUUCCUGUCAGAGGCCAAUGCCGAGCGGAUCGUGCAGACCUUGUGUACAGUUCGGGGGGCCGCCCUCAAGGUUGGCCAAAUGCUCAGCAUCCAGGGUACAGCACAACAGCUUCAUCAGCCCCCAGCUUCAGCGCAUCUUCGAGCGGGUCCGCCAGAGCGCCGACUUCAUGCCCCGCUGGCAGAUGCUGAGAGUUCUCGAAGAGGAGCUGGGCAGGGACUGGCAGGCCAAGGUGGCCUCUUUGGAGGAGGUGCCCUUUGCUGCUGCCUCUAUCGGGCAGGUGCACCAGGGCAUGCUGAGGGACGGGACAGAGGUGGCCGUGAAGAUCCAGUACCCAGGCGUUGCCCAGAGCAUCCAGAGUGAUAUCCAGAACCUGCUGGCAGUGCUGAAGAUGAGUGUGGCCCUGCCCGAGGGCCUGUUUGCUGAGCAAAGCCUGCAGGCCUUGCAGCAGGAGCUGGCCUGGGAGUGUGACUACCGCCGUGAGGCGGCUUGUGCCCAGAACUUCAGGCAGUUGUUGGCAGGUGACCCUUUCUUCCGAGUGCCAGCUGUGAUUGAGGAGCUGUGCACAACGCGGGUGCUGGGCAUGGAACUGGCUGGAGGGGUCCCCCUGGACCAGUGCCAGGGCUUAAGCCAGGACAUCCGGAACCAGAUCUGCUUCCAGCUCCUGAGGCUGUGUCUGCGGGAGCUGUUUGAAUUCCGAUUCAUGCAGACGGACCCCAACUGGGCCAACUUCCUGUACGAUGCCUCCAGCCACCAGGUGACCCUCCUGGACUUUGGUGCAAGCCGGGAAUUUGGGACUGAAUUCACAGACCAUUACAUCGAGGUGGUGAUGGCAGCAGCCAAUGGAGACAGAGACCGGGUCCUGCAGAAAUCCCGGGACCUCAAAUUCCUCACAGGCUUUGAAACCAAGGCAUUCUCGGAUGCCCACGUGGAGGCAGUGAUGAUCCUGGGGGAGCCCUUCGCCACCCAGGGCCCCUACGACUUUGGGGCAGGUGACACUGCCCGCCGAGUGCAGGGUCUCAUCCCUGUGCUGCUGCAGCACCGGCUGCGCCCACCGCCGGAGGAGACCUAUGCCCUGCACCGCAAGCUGGCAGGGGCCUUCCUGGCCUGCGCCCGCCUCCGUGCCCAUAUCGCCUGCCGGGACCUCUUUCAGGACACCUACCACCGCUAUUGGGCCAGUCGCCAGGCCUAGCCUCUGCCUGCAGCCUCCUGACCAGAAGGGACUUGGGGUCAGACCCUUUAGAUGGCCUCCAUCCUGUGAUUCUGGCCCCAAAGCAGGCCAUCCACUGCUGCGAUGCCUCCCUUCCAUUCCCCUGCAGGCCUGGGGACCACCCGGUCUGAUUUCCCGGUUCUUGCCUAGCUCCCUUCCUCGGGGCUGGGGAAACCUCCAGCUAGGGAACUCCCAACUUCACACCCCCAUAUCCUGAUCUUCCCACUCCCGUGUGGGCACCCAGGAACUCUACGCCAGGGAUUAAUUUAUUUUUGCCAACGUUUAAGAGCCUUAGGCCCUCUGCACCCAGUCAUGCAGAUCCAGACUCAUCUAGAUGGGGAGCCCCACACCUCUGGGUCAGGUCUCUCACGGAUCUGGCCAGUGAAAGGGGAGGAGCGGUGGCUGGUGGAGGCAGCCCUCACCUUUGCUGCCCUCACCCCUCCACCAGCUGCGUUCUCCCGGGCUCCAUCCUUUCUGUGUGUUGGGGAGGGAGUAAGGGAGGGUGUUUGAAACUUCAGUCAGAAUAAAAGUGGCUCUCCCCUUC